AACCCUUAAACUGCUGGCCCUCAACUGCCAAACAGGCGUGCAAUUGCUUUAGCAUUACUUGGUAAAUGAAUUGUGUUCUCUUAUUUGAUUGUCUUUACUAUAUCCAAUCUACCGCAGUAAGUCCGGACAGGCUUUGUCACAACUGAGGAGCAUCCAAACAGCGACCAUCGAGGAUGUUUAAAAAAUUUGAUGAAAAAGAAAAUGUGUCGAACUGCAUCCAGCUGAAAACAUCAGUGAUCAAAGGCAUUAAAAACCAGCUGUUGGAACAGUUUCCCGACAUCGAGUCAUGGCUCAAUCACAUAAUGCCAAAAAAGGACCCUGUCAAAAUAGUGAGAUGCCAUGAACACAUUGAAAUCCUGACAGUGAACGGGGAGCUGCUUUUCUUCAGACAGAGAGAGGGACCAUUCUACCCGACACUCAGACUGCUGCACAAAUAUCCUUUCAUUCUUCCACACCAGCAAGUUGACAAAGGGGCCAUUAAAUUUGUCCUAAGUGGAGCCAACAUCAUGUGCCCCGGGCUGACGUCACCGGGCGCUAAACUCUACCCAGCUGAAGCUGACACAGUCGUUGCCAUAAUGGCGGAGGGAAAACAACAUGCACUUUGUGUUGGCGUUAUGAAGAUGUCUGCAGACAGCAUAGAAAAAGUCAACAAGGGAAUUGGAAUUGAGAACGUGCACUAUCUGAAUGAUGGAUUGUGGCACAUGAAGACGUAUAAAUGACGACAUCAACACCUGUAACGCCCACCCCCACCCGCAGAAAAGUGUGGAGCUCUCAACAGCAACCCAGGAGCUGCCCGUCACCUUUUUACACCUAAGGACUUAGCUGUGUAACCUGCUGAACGCUUUGAAUCAAUCGCCAAAAUGCACAAAUAAAAGAAAGAUCUUGCUUUAAA